AUGACCUGCCCAGACAAGCCAGGACACCUCAUAAACUGGUUCAUCUGCUCCCUGUGCAUCCCACGGGUGUGUAAACUCUGGAGCAACAGGCGUCCACGGACCCGGAGGAACCUCCUGCUGGGCACUGCCUGUGCCAUCUACCUGGGCUUCCUGGUGAGCCAGGUGGGGCGAGCUCCUCCCCAGCAUCAACCAGCACUAGAGAAGGGGCCACACCAGAGCCGUGACACAGCAGAUGCAUCUUUCCCAGAAAUACCCCUGGAUGGUACCCUGGCCCCUCCUGAAUCUCAGGGCAAUGGGACCACGCUGCAGCCUAAUGUGGUGUACAUUACCUUGCGUGCCAAACGCAGCAAGCCCGCCAACAUCCGUGGCACAGUGAAACCAAAACGCAGGAAGAAAUAUGCAGUGGCAUCCCCAGCCCCAGGGCAGGGAUCUUUGGCUGCCAGGUCAUCCCUUCAGCAGCAGGAAGCUGCCAGAGUAGCAGGUGCUGAAUCACCUGGAUAUGUCCAGAGAGGAAGACUGGCACAAGUUGGGGAGCGACCAUGGAGGUUGGUGCGGGGUCCUGGUGUGCGAUCUGGGGGCCCAGACUUCCAGGUACCGAUGACCAGGGAGAGCAACAUCAGAAUCUAUAGCGAGAGCUCCCCUGAGUGGCUGAGCAAAGAAGACAUUCGAAUCAUGCGCCUGUUGGCGGACAGUACAGUUUUAGGCCUUCAGCCGCUGUCAUCUCGAAGCAAUGCACGGUUAUUGGUGCUGGAGGGGAGCACCGAAGGCUCUGUGCCCCGCUGUGGCCCUAGCCCCUGUGGGCUGCUCAAGCAGCCCUUAGACAUGAGUGAAGUGUUCGCCUUCCACCUGGAUAGGAUUCUGGGGCUCAAUAGGACACUGCCAUCGGUGAGCAGAAAAUCAGAGUUCAUCCAAGCAGCAGCCUCUCUUUCCAUAUGCUUGGCAUUCAUUAUUUCCCCAGCUUUGGAGGAUAUGAGAGUUCCAGGGAAAUGCUGUACUGGACAUGCAAGACUCACCUGGGGAACUUACCAGCAGUUGCUGAAACAGAAAUGCUGGCAGAAUGGUCGAGUACCCAAACCUGAAUGGGGUUGUACAGAAAUACACCACCAUGAAUGGUCCAAGAUGGCACUCUUUGAUUUUCUGUUACAGAUUUACAAUCGUUUGGAUACAAAUUGCUGUGGAUUCAGACCACGCAAAGAAGAUGCCUGUGUACAGAAUGGACUGAGGCCAAAAUGUGACAACCAGGAUUCUGUGGCUCUGGCACACAUCAUCCAGCGCAAGCAUGACCAGAGGCACUUGGUUUUUGUAGACAAUAAAGGUUUCUUUGACAGAAGUGAAGAUAACCUAAAUUUCAAAUUGUUAGAAGGCAUCAAAGAGUUUCCUGAAUCUGCAGUUUCUGUUUUGAAGAGCCAGCACUUAAGGCAAAAGCUCCUCCAGUCUCUGUUCCUUGAUAAGGUUUAUUGGGAAAGCCAAGGGGGUAGAGCAGGAAUUGAGAAACUUAUCGACGUAGUAGAGCAGAGAGCCAAGAUUCUUCUCACCUACAUCAAUGCUCAUGGAGCCAAAGUAGUACCGAUGCAUGAAUAG